GUGAGUCUCCCAGGCUUGGUCACUGGUCGCACACGCACACACCGAGUGGAUGGUAGUGUCUGCAGCUCGAGUAAGGAGAAAGUGGAGACAUAGCGAGGACAUGAAUCCGUCGUUAACUUUGCCCGUCCUCCUCGUGUAAGGCGGUGGCUCCGUCCGCGGCUCGGCUGUCCGGUUAAACGUUCGUCGGUGUUACAAGUGGCGGGCGGACGGGCUCCUCGCCGUUGUGGCGGGGGAGUGUGAGUAAAUGAAAGCGUUGUUUGGAGCCGUUGAACAAAGAGCUUUUCUUCCCUCUACCAUUGUUACUGAGCGGAGCGCCUGUUUUCUAACUCAUUUAGAGGAGCUUUCGGGCUGUUCAAGUGAGGGGCGGCCAUUGCUCCAGUCAUGACCUCUGGGAAUGGGAACACUGCCAGCAGCCAACACAAUGGAGAGAGCAAACCAGCUCAGGCCCUACUCAAGUCCCACAUCCUCACCCAUCUGAUAGAAGGCUUCGUUAUCCAGGAGGGGGCUGAGCCUUUCCCUGUGGAACGCCCAUCUUUCUCAAUUGAGAGCCUAAGGAGACACACAAAGAUGGACGGCCUCUCACUAAAGGAGUUAAAGACCCAGCAGGAGCCCAUGCUGACCUGUGAGCUGUGUGGCAGGGUGGACUUUGCCUUCGUCUUCAAAAGGUCCAAGAGGUUCUGUUCCACAGUGUGUGCCAAACGCUACAAUGUGGGCUGCACAAAGAGAAUGGGUCUCUUCCCAAACCGCAAAACCACCCUGGAGAACAUGAAGAAACAAAAAGCACUGAAUGGAAAUCUCAAAAACAGUUUAGAGUCUAAAAAGAAGACGGCUCCCUCCGUGCAGAAGCCCGCCGCUGCUGCUCUGUCCACCGGUCACUCUGUCCUCCCGGCGCAGGGAGAGUCCAGCCAAUGUUCAGACUUGUCUGGCUACAAAAGAUCCUCACCCCCCAUGUCGGCCACCCAGCGGGUGCCUGCGGUGCAAGACUCUGAGCUGCCCCUGCUGCCCUACAGCUUCCUACCCAGUGACCCUGGCCAGUGGAACAUAGAGGACGUCUACGAGUUCAUCUCCUCUCUGCCAGGCUGUCUGGAGAUCGCCGAGGAGUUCCGUUCUCAGGAGAUCGAUGGACAGGCCCUGCUACUGCUGAAGGAGGACCAUCUCAUGGCAACCAUGAACAUCAAACUGGGCCCCGCGCUCAAGAUCUUUGCCCAGAUUAGCAUGCUCAAAGACUCGUAGCCCAUCUCACCCCUCACACACACAAACAAACACACACAGCUCUCAAAAGCAGUUCUGCUGUGACUGGACAAACACUCAGGAUCCCACAUGUAGACUGACUGAACUGAGUUCAGGCACCGGGCCAAAAUAAUUGGGAUGUUUAGUCACGGCCUGCUGAACAGGAGGACAUCAGCUGGGACUGUUCGACUCAGCUUUUACACUGACAGCUUCACUAUGGCACUGCUUCAGGAAGGCUUCACCCCACUGUUUGACAAGAAUCAUGUGUUAGGUAGGCUCAUGGAGAACUUGUUGUUGUUUUCAUAAUCUAUUACUGUACCUUGGUUCACCCCAAAAUCCAAAUCCAUAUUUUUCUUUGUACCUGUAGUGCUAUUUAUCCUUCUAAGAUCAAAUGUUAAGAUUUCCAGGAGAGGGCGAUGCAGGACUGUGAUAUGUAGUAUGAUAGGACUGGAGGCACUGCUUGCCCAACUCUGUCAGCAGUUGGGAGAAAAGCCGUCCAGCAACUCCAAAGACUGUUUGACUUACCGACCUGUUUUAUCUCUGCUUCCAGUCUUUGUGCUGAGCUAGACUAAAGAUGUCCUGGAUCUGUCUCCACUGGGAACACAAAGAGGAACCCCAGGAAACAUCACACAUGUUCAUUUCCCUAAAUGUCAGACUAGUCAGAAAACACCUUGAUUGCAUGGCCACUUGCUUAAUAUUAAGAAUUUAAGAAACAUUGGGCUGAAAACAGAUAUUGAUAGUUUUUACACUCAUGUUGCAGAAACACGGUUGUUUCUUCUGUGUCAUAGUGUCUCUGUACAGGAUACAUUAGUCAGCUGACAACUACUAAAAUAAUCACCAACUAUUCUAAUGAAUGAAUUAUUUAGUCAUUUUUUAAGAAAAAAUGCCCAAAUUCUGAUUUCAGUUUCUCAAAUGUGAAUAUGUUCUGUUUUCUGUGGUCCCCUAUGACUGUAAACUGAAUGUAUUUGGGUUGUGGACAGUAUUAGACAUUUGAGCCCUCGGGAAACAGUGAUCCAAAUUUUCUGACAUUUAGCAAAUCAGUUAACGAAGAAAAAGAACAAUAAUGAAAAUAGCGGUUAGUUGCAGUCCUACUGGACAUGACAACGUUCAAUUAUUUAAAUGCAAUGUGAUCCAGCGUAAUUGCAUUGAUUCAACCCUUCAGUCCUGUUUGAAUAGUUUGCGAGGAUGUGCUCUGUCAGUAUCUGCUUUGUAUUUUCUCCUACAGGUUUCUGGUGCUUGUUGAUCAUGAACAAAUUAGCUUUUUUUCAUGUAGCCAUUUUAAUGCAGACACUCUGUUCACCCCCCACUGGUACUGGUAUAAGUGAAUGAGAAUGAAUGCAAAACAUGAAUUUUCUCAUGUUCCACACUACCUAAUCACUGUAAUAUCACUGCUGCAACACUACAUGGCACAGUCUAUGCACACAGGGAAUUACUGCCAUAAGUGCCCAUGGUGACAAGGUGCAGAAGUAUAAUGGAAGCUGUGGAUGGGUUUUUAUUUCAUUAUACUUUUACCAAAGCGAGUAUCUCUGCUGAACUGCUGUCACUAGAAAUGUGUUAGAGGUACCCAAUUGAGCAACAGUAAUGAUGUUCUGGUUUCUUACUACAGAUGCCAUAAAAUGACCACGCCCUGUUUGUAGGGAAAACAAUUACUGAUCAGCAUUCAAAGGCAGCUUACGAUCGUCUUUACAAUCCUGUUGUGAGCUAUGGUGUCAUUUGUUUACUGUAUCUUAUUCUGGAACAAACCUGGGUUCUUUAGUGGCAUUGAAAUGCAGUGGUGAUUGGGUCAUGUGUGUGACAUUACAAAUCUUUCCUAGCAUCCUGAAAAGCAUCUGUCACAGUAAUGACAGAUGGUUAGUGUUACUGGCCUCUGAAUGAAAGUAUUAAUUAUUUUUGUCCUUCAAAGUUGUUUUUUAAAAAACCCCAAAAUAAAACCAUUAGAUGUGA